AUGGGAGCUUGUGCAGAGCCAGGGCCGUUGGAGCGCGACAGUAGAUGUUCGUCCACGCUAAGCCCGCCUUUCCUUAGGUCGCAGCCUCACUCCCACCACUCCUCCAGACACAGCAGCGCCCACCCGCUCACCGCGUCGUCUCACUUCGCGUCGCCGUAUGCGUCCGUGCUCUGCGCCAUCUCGCUUAGCCCCACCGCCUCGUGGCCGCGCCUCACCAUGCGCAACUUCGGACUGCCGCGCCUGUGGCUGCUGCUAACCGUCUUCACCGUCGCGUCGCUCGGGUUCGUCGCCGUCCGGUUGCACCCUACGAAGCCGAGAGUAGCGGCGGUUCCAGCGAGGGCCGCGAGAGUGAUGUUGGAUCAGACUCGCGAGGGCGUGUGCGGCAACCAAAUACGAGACCUUGGCCGCAGCAAUGCUUUGUCGUUUGUGACGCGCUUUUCGGUUCGCGCGGCUCUCGUGUUGCUUCCCCUGCGCCUCUCCUCUUUUUCCCAAUUUGCUCCGUUGUUCCGCCCCUCUCCCCAUCCCCGCGCGUCCGUCGUCGUCAGAACGCUCAAGGAGGUGCUUGACGGAGCAUUAACGGCCGCCGGCGGCGAUCCGUCAGCAGCGGCGGCGCUAGCGGCGGCGUUGGAAGAGGAGUACGGCGGGCCCAGCGGGCUGCCCGACCCGGAUCGCCCGUUCCCCGAGGCGCCGCAGCAGAUGACGGCGGGGGCAGAGGAUGGCGGCGACGGCAAGUCGGCCGCCGAGAACGUGGUGGAGGCGUCGGCGGCGUCGUCGCUGUCGCGCACGGUGAUCGUGACGGCGCUGUCGGAGGCGUGGGCGCCCAUGAUGCGCUUCUUCCUCGACCGCCUCCGCCUCGUCGAACAGCAGGGGCGCGCGGAGGGGGAGGCGGAAGCGGAGGGGGGGCUGAACCGGCUGGUGGAUCGGCUGGUGGUGGUGGCGUACGACGACGCGAGCUUCGACGAGUGCUGCUCGCUGGGGCUGCACUGCUACUUCGACUGGCAGGACGACGCGGAGGAGAAGGAGGACUUCAGCGGCGACCAGAAGCACUUCAUGACGCCCGCCUACAUCCACCUCGUGUGGCGCAAGGUGCACGUGGUGCGCAGCAUGCUGGCGCUGGGCUACGACGUGGUCUUCACGGACAACGACAUUCUCUGGCUGCGCAACCCGCUGCCGCAGCUGCUGCUCGCGGCGCCCGAGGACAUGCACAUGAGCGUCGACUGGUGGAACGCCGACUCGCGCAAGGUGAUGGGCAACGGCGGCUUCUACGCGGCGCGCAGCAACACGCGCAUGCUCAAGUUCUUCGACGACUGGAUCGCCUGGCACAAGCGGCUACCGAAGCACCGCAUUCAGCAAAUCUUCGACUGGAUCCGCCCCGAGGCCAACCCCUUCACGCGCACCGCCACGCCGCUCACCGUGCGCUACCUGCCGACGGCGCACUUCGGCGGGUUCUGCGAGAUGGGCGCGCGGAUGGCGGAGCUGGUGACGGUGCACGCCACGUGCUGCUUCGGACUCGACUCCAAGCUGCGCGUGCUGCGCAAGGUCGCGGCGGACUGGGACUGGAUGCGCGCGCUGCCCCACGACGUGGGCGAGGGCCUGGAGGAGCACGGGUUCGCGUGGCAGAGACGCUCGCAGCCUCCUCUCGAGACUGCCGGCAGCCCCCCCUGCCGCCCCAUGCCCUCUGCAGCAUCUUUCCGCUGCCGUCCCUGCAUGCACGGGGGGUUGGGAGCCGCUCUGCGGGGCAGCAGCGCAUCUGCAGGUGAAGGUGGUGUGGCGGGCAGCAGAGCAGCAGGCACGGGGUGGGCCAUGGGGCAUGGCUUAGGGCUGAGGGCGUGCGCACACGCUGGUGCAGCAGGGCGCAGGUGGGGUGCAGCAGAGCGGUGUGGGGAAGACAAGGCGUGUGCUUGUGUGGCGAGGCGACUGGCAUGCGAUGGUGUUGGAGAAGGCGAGUCCACAGUGUGCGCCUCAACUGGUGCUGCACAAUGCAGCGCCUCUGACCACGGCACUCCUUCACCUUCCUGCAUGCCAAAGGCAGCCGCGGCACUCUGGCUGCUGUAG